AUGGCGCUCUCGAAUACUAUCUUCUCUCUUUCUCAUUUAGCUUCCUUUACUUCUUCUCGUCCUUCUUCCGCUAUCAGCUGCCACACUCGCAUUUCACCUCCAGAUCUAUCGCCUGCUUUCUUCCGUCUAUCCACGAGGAGUAUAAGGAAACGUGUAUAUGCUUCGAUUAACAGCACUAAUGUUACACCUCCAUCUUCUCAGAAAUCGGAAGAUGAUGAUGAUGAUUUCGUUCCAAUGCCAAUGGUUUUGAUAGACCAGGAUGCUGACCCUGAAGCCACCAUUGUUCAACUCAGUUUUGGAGAUCGUCUUGGGGCUCUCAUUGACACUAUGAGGGCACUGAAAGAUUUGGGAUUGGAUGUAAUAAAAGGAACAGUUUCAACUGAAGGAUCCGUUAAGCAGACCAAAUUCUCUAUAACAAAACGAGACACUGGUCGGAAAGUGGAAGAUCCCGACUCCUUGGAGCAAAUCCGACUAACCAUCAUCAACAAUCUUUUAAAAUACCAUCCGGAAUGCAGUGAUCAACUUGCAAUGGGUGAGACAUUUGGAAUAAAGGCACCAGAAAAGAAGAUUGAUGUCGAUAUCGCAACUCACAUACAUGUGAAAGAAGACGGACCAAAGAGGAGCCUGCUUUGCAUAGAGACAGCAGACAGGCCAGGUCUUGUUGUGGAGAUGAUAAAAGUGAUGGCAGAUAUCAACAUAGACGUUGAGUCCGCGGAGAUAGACACAGAAGGAUUGGUUGCAAAAGACAAGUUCCACGUAAGCUACCAAGGGCAAGCGCUAAACAGUUCGUUGUCACAGGUGUUGGUAAACUGUCUCCGUUACUUUCUGAGAAGGCCUGAAACUGACAUCGACAGCUAUUAA